CCCAGGUUCAAGUGAUUCUCUUGCCUCAGCCUCCUGAGUAACUGGGAUUGCAGGUGCCUGCCAUCACAGCUGGCUAAUUUUUGUACUUUUAGUAGAGGCAGAGUUUCACCAUGUUGGCCAGGUUGGUCUUGAACUCCUGACCUCGGGUGAUUUGCCUGACUUGGCCUCCCAAAGUGAUAGGGUUAUUGGUGUGAGCCACCAUGCCCGGCCUACAUUAGUUUUUCUAACUGCCACCCCCUCCAUUUAUUGAUAUUUCAUUCAAAAUUUAACAAGCCUUUAUUAUGCACUUGCCAUGCAAGGCAUUUGUAAGACUUUAUGUAGAAGAAAACAUAAGUGUAAAUUUUCAAUACCUUGGAUUAGGAAAUGGUUCUUAGCUAUGACACCAAAGAAUGAGCAACCAAAGAAGAAACAGGUAAGCUUACUUUAUCAAAAUAUAAACCUUUUAAAAAUUAUUAUUAUUAUUACUUUCUUUUUAGAGACAGGGUCUUAUGUUGUACAGGCUGGUCCUGGGCUCAAGGGAUUCUCCUGCCUUGGCCUCCCAAAAUGCUAGGAUUAUGGGCCUGAGCCAACAUGCUAAGUAAAAAUAAUUUAAAAUAAUUUUUAAAUCAGCUACAUUUAAGAUUCAUCAGAUGUAAACCUUUUGUGCAUCAAAGGACAUCAUCACAAAAGUGAAAAGACAACCCAAAUAAUGGAACAAAAUACUUGCAAAUCAUAUAUCUGAUAGGAGUUUAUUAUCUCAAAUAUAUAAAGAACACUUGCCAGGCACAGUGGCUCAUGCUUGUAAUCCUAGCACUUUGGAAAGCUGAAGUGGGAGGAUUGCUUGAGCACAGGAGUUUGAGGCCAGCCUGGGCUAUAUAGGGAGAUCUCAUCUUGCAUGGGGCCUCUGGCCCCUUUCUUUUGGCCAAUUCUCUUUCAGAAAGAGAGUAUUUACCCAAUGCCUGUUCCAUGUUGUUUAUUGUUCCACAUUGUAACUUGUUUUUGAUCUUACAGGUUUAUAGGUGGAAGGAACUUGCCUUGAGUCUUAGAUGAGUCUUUGGACUUUGGACUUGGGGCUUUUGAGUUAAUGCUGCAUUGAGUUAAGACUUUGGGGGAAUAUUGGGAAGGUAUGAUUAUAUUUUACAAUGUGAGAAGGACAUGACAUUUGGGGGGCUAGGGCAGAAUGACAUCAUUUUGAUUUUUGUCCUCUCCAAAUCUCAUGUUGAUAUGUGAUCCCCAAUGUUGGAAGUGGGUCUGUGGGGAUUCACUCAGGCUGGUGAGAAAAAUUUUAGUUAUAGUAGCCACAAACCCUCUUGGAAGGCCUGGGGGGUUUGCAUAAGCUCCAGCAAUAAAUCUGGCUGAAGGCAGCCAGAGUCUCUUUGCAGAAGCCAGAGAGAUUAGGACCCAAAUACAAAGGAAUGUAGAAGUGUUUAUCUAGCUAGCUUGUUUAUUUAUGUGAUUCUAAAAGUGACCUUUGAUUUGCCAUGGGUGCUUAAUUGCUUUCUACUCUGGGAAGUCCUCAAUGUCAAUUACCCUUUAGUGGUCUUGACUCAAGUCUUUGUCAAUUAAACUUUACUGAAUAAAUGCAAGUCUCACUGGCUAGUCAGGCCAGCAGCUGCUAUCUGUUUACAGCACUCUCCUUGAGUGCCUGCAAAUGGCCCCACCCAGCCCACUUUUACAAUGUAAAUCUGUGUCUGAGUGAAUUGAUUCAACCAUCGCUGAGUCAGAGUCUGUAGGAUAGACCCCUGCACGUCGUGACCCUGAUAUGGGUCCUUGUGGGAGGUAUUUGGAUUAUGGGGGCAGACCCCUCAUGAAUGGCUUGGUGCCCUCCCUGUGGUAAUAAGUAAAUUCUUGCUCUAAUAGUAAAUGCAAGAGCUGGUUGUUUAAAACAGCCUGGAAGCACUCUUGUUCCUUCUCUUUCCAUGUGACAUGCCUGCUCUCCUUGUGCCUUCUGCCAUGAGUAAAAUCUUCCUGAUGCCUCACCAGAAGCGGAGAAGAUGCUGGUGCUAUGCUUGUAUAGCCUGCAGAAUGGAGCAGAGUCCUGCUAUGUUGUCCAGGCCGGCCUUGAACUUCUGGCCUCAAGCAAUACUCCCACUAUGGCCUCUCAAAGUGCUGAGAUUGCAUGCGUGAGCCACCAUGCUCAGCCUAGAUCUUCUUUAAAGUUACUUUCCUCAGCAUUUUGUAGUUUUCAGCAUGUAUCCUAGAAAUGCUGGGGAAGAAAUUGGACUUGGUGUGUAGAUGGAGAAAUGAACUUCAUCUAAGUGAAGAAAUACAUCUCUUACGCAAGAUACUCAGCACCAGCCACAUCAGAGAUCGUUGUCAUGGGGUUUUUGGGUCAGCCCGUGACUUUGCCCUGUCUGUACCCAUCCUGGUCUCAGGACAGCAACAGCAUGUGUUGGGGGAAAGGCCAGUGCCCCAACUCCGGUUGCAACGAGGAGCUCAUCCACACCGAUGGAACGCGGGUGACCUCAAGAAAGUCAGCAAAAUAUAGACUUUGGGGGACUCUCCAGAGGGGCAAUGUCUCCUUGACCAUCUUAAAUCCCAGUGAAGGUGACAGCGGUGUGUACUGCUGCCGCAUAGAGGUGCCUGGCUGGUUCAACGAUGUAAAGUUACACAGGCGCCUGCAGCUACAGAGAGCCCCGACAACCACGAGAAGAACAACAACCACACAGAGAACAACCACCACGAGCCCCACCACCCCACAAAUGACAACCACCACAGCUGCACUGCCAACAACAGUCAUGACCACACCCGAUCUCACAACCAGAACACCACUUCCAACGUCAACUAUCACCGUCCUCACAACAGCAGAUUCGUGCCCUUCACCAACCCCAAGCACCCUUCCAGAGGCAGCCACAGGUCUUCUGACUCCUGAGCCUUCUAAGGAAGGGCCCAUCCUCACUGCAGAAUCAGAAACUAUCCUCCCCAGUGACCCCUGGAGUAAUGCUGAGUCUACUUCUGCAGACACUGUCCUGCUGACAUCCAAAGAGUCCAAAGUUUGGGAUCUCCCAUCAACAUCCCACGUGUCAAUGUGGAAAACAAGUGACUCAGUGACUUCUCCUCAGCCUGGAGCAUCUGAGAGAGCAGUUCCUGAGCAAAACAAAACAACAAAAACAGGACAGAUGGAUGGAAUGCCCACACUCACGAAGAAUGAAAUACUCACCUCCCAACUACUGAUGAUCAUCGUCCCCUCCUUGGGAUUUGUGCUGUUGGCAUUGCUCGUGGCAUUUAUUUUGAGAGAGAAAUUCAUGGAAAUCAAUUGUUUGCAGAGGCACACAAGGCUAGGCAGCACUGGAGAUACUAAAAAUGUCCUCAAUGACACGCGGCAUGGAAGUGAAGACGAAGAUGGCCUUUUUACCCUCUAACAUGCUACUUUCCAUUAGGCUUGAGAAUGGGGGCAUGACAAUUGAAGUGUCAAAAUAAAUCUUAGUAGGUUUAUUUUUUUGUUGUUUCAUAAAAAAGACUUACUUA